GCCGCUGUCCCUGUCCUCGCACGUUCCCCCUCUGAAAAAGCCCCGUUUUGAAUUUAAUGCCCCCCGUUAUAGGCUGGUUCCUUUUUCACGACGCCUCUUCAAGGGCCAAUUUAGUUGUCCCCCCUGUGAACGUUUUAGUUUUCAUCGCAUUUUCCAUUUAAAGCCUUUUAGCCCCGCGAAAUAAAUGGCCGUGGUGAGCGCAUCGUCUGGGCCGGUGGCCCGGCUGGAGGGCCGCGAGUUCGAAUACGUGAUGAAGAAACGCUCGGUGACCGUUGGCCGGAACUCGUCUCAGGGCUCCGUGGACGUCAGCAUGGGCCACUCCAGCUUCAUUUCGCGGAGGCAUCUGGAGAUCUUCACCGCCAGCGACGACGGCGCCGGCAGCGGGGACUUCUACCUGAGGUGUCUGGGUAAAAACGGCGUGUUUGUGGACGGAGUGUUCCUCAGACGGGGCGCCCCUCCUCUGCAGCUCCCGCGAAUGUGCACUUUCAGAUUCCCCAGCACAAACAUCAAGAUUACAUUCACAGCCUUGUCCAAUGGGAAGAAGGUGAAGCGUGAAGCUCCAGAGUCGCCGGUGAAGCCCGUUCAGCCUCAGAUUUCUCCUCUGACCAUCAACAUUCCAGACAACAUCGCUCACCUCAUGAGCCCCCUUCCGUCACCCACUGGCACCAUCAGCGCUGCUAACUCGUGCCCUUCCAGUCCGAGGGGCGCCGGCUCUUCAGGUUACAGGAUGGGCGGUCGCAUGGUCAGCUCAGCAGAGCUGCAGCUGAUAAACGACAACUCCCAGUCUGAGAACGACAAAGAAGCCUCCGAAGGGGACAGUCCCAAGGAUGACUCCAAGCCUCCAUACUCCUAUGCACAGCUGAUAGUCCAAGCCAUCACCCUGGCUCCAGACAAGCAACUCACCUUAAACGGAAUAUACACACACAUAACAAAGAACUACCCCUACUACAGGACUGCAGACAAGGGCUGGCAGAACUCAAUCCGUCACAAUCUGUCUUUAAACCGCUACUUCAUCAAAGUGGCCAGGUCGCAGGAGGAACCCGGAAAAGGUUCCUUCUGGAGGAUAGACCCCUCCUCAGAAAGCAAGCUCAUUGAGCAGGCCUUCAGGAAACGAAGGCCCCGGGGUGUGCCCUGCUUCAGGACCCCCCACGGACCCCUCUCCUCCAGGAGUGCACCAGCGUCUCCCAAUCAUUCUGGGGUGCUCUCGGCCCACUCCAGUGGUGUACAGACCCCUGACAGUCUAUCACGAGAAGGCUCCCCUGUUCCCUUGGAGCUAGAGGUGGCCCCUGCCCCAGCACCGCCCUCUGCCACGGUGGUCCAGCCCAAACUGGCCGUGAUCCAGGAAGCACGUUUUGCACAGAAUACACCAGACACGCCUGUCAACAACCAGCCUGUACUCAUAGCAGUCCAGCGGCAGUUACCUCAAACCAUUAAGCCCGUGACCUACACCAUGGCCUCACCAGUAACCACCAGCACCUCUCAGACAGCCGUCCAGGCACUCCACGUGCUGCAGCAGAUACCUGCAGCUUCCCUGGGCACUGCGGUCAUCACCCAGCCAGCCCCCAUCGCCCCAAAGAGUGAGCUGCAGGAGAAUGGAGAGCACACAGAGGUCAAAGUGAAAGUUGAGCCUGUUCCAACCAUCACCCACGCCUCUAUAGGUGGCCCCAAUCGCAUCAUCCAGACCACCCAAUCAGUCCAACCCCUGCAGACUGUUACUAUAGUGCAGCAGGCCCCUCUGGGCCACCACCAGCUGCCCAUUAAGACCAUCACACAGAAUGGUACCCACAGCAUCACCACUGCCGUCCAGGGGCAGGUCAACUCAGUAACGGCUGUUGCAAGCCCGCUCCACCUGUUGGCGGCCCAUGCCUCCGCCUCCGCCUCCCUCCCCACCAAACGGCAGAACGGGGACCAGACGGUGGCCGAUCAGCCCGAAACCAAGCGCCUGAAGUUGGAGGACGAGGAGGUACCCGUCCCGACCCCAACCACCGCAAACUCUGACCCGUCAGCAGCUCAAGACCAAGUCAGCCAAACCAACUAGUCUUACACGUCCUCACAUACACCUCUAUAGGUUGUUCUCUAAUUUUUACGUUGUUUUUCCUCAUUCUUCUACAUCAUUUCAUUUUUUUUUUUUUUUUUUUUUGUCCUCUACUUCCAUCAACCUCCCAAGGUGCCAAAUGGAAAGAUUUUUUUUCCCUUUCCCAGUUUGGGUUCUCUUAAGCAUUGGAAGAAUAAAAAAUAAGACCACCCCUUUAAAAGACUGAAAAAGGAAGUGGGCUGAAAGUGGAAUUUAAUUUAAAGAAAUAAAAGGAAAUAAAGUAGAAAUGGGACAAGGAAAAAAAAAACUUGGAAUAAUUGAAAGGUGUCCCCCUGUGUGACAAUGCCACUGAAAUGAGAGCGUGACGAAACCCAAGACCACAGGAAGCCUUAACAGCAGUUAACCCUAGAAGGGAGGGGGGGGGCACGUCAGCCCGGGCUGGACGCCACCUUUCUGUCUCAUCUACCUCAGUGCAGAUCGGGGGCUGGGGCAGCCACUGGACCGGCUCACACCGGACCCCUCGCAGGGGGUGCUCAGCUCUGGAGGAAGCGACCAACUAGCUGUGCGACACGCAUUUCGGGCGCGGGAGCACGACGCGGUCAAUGUCGAGUCCAUUCAGAAAGGGAUCAAAACACUCGGAGCCAAUAUUCCUGAAACCUUUGGCAGCUAGCCUUUCAUAAUAACUGACCUUCCCUUUUAUUGCAGCUCUACAUAGACAUGCAGUAUUUUGUUGUUAAUAACACGGAGCAUAGGAUUUGUUUUUCUGACGUAUUUUCACUUAUCUAGAUGAUAAUUUAAUUCAGAGGAAGACUACACAACGGUGAGGUCAGUGAUAUUUCAGAUGAUGCGAGAUAAAUUUAGAAAUCUCAUUUUCUUUUUAUGUGGACUUCCUUCCUGACACAAUGUAGUCUCUUAACGAUACUCUUAAAACGGAGUACUUUAUAUUUUCCCUGUCCAAUCCGUGUUCUGUCAUAACUGUAUGGAAUCACUUAGUUAUACCUACAUAUUUUACUACUUGCACAGAUAACCGAUGAUAUAAACAUAUGAAUUUCCAUGUGGUAGUUCCAGGCGUCUCUUUGAACCUUGCAUGUACCAGACGAGAGAGCAGAACCUGAGUUAACUGUAAAUUGAGGAAAAGACCUGCUUUAUCCAAACAAGACCUGCACUUGUUUCAAUGUUUGUGUUUCUCAUCCUCCUUUAUUUACUGUUGUUGUUGUUUUGUUUGUUUUCGUUCCCCCCCCCCUCCCCUUUUUCCUUGUUUCCCUCGGCUGUGUUAAGCUAGUGGUGUUGGCAGACCUUUCUUUGCUUGACUAUUUUACUCUUGUGCCGGCGACCUGACAAGUCUGUUUUCAGAUUGUACACCUUCCAUCGGAUAGAAAAGAAAAAUACUGAUUGAUGUUUGUUCUGCUUAAGUGGAGAAAUGCUUUUUUUAAUAAAUUAAUU